GGAGAGUGUAUCCAUGGAAACAUGACUUCACCUAACAUUUUGUUUGUUCCCAGAAGCUUGAACUAUAAAACAGGAAGCACAAAGUCAAAAACGAAAAAUGUUCAAUUAGUUACAUUGCCUGCUCAAAAUAAAAAACAAGCAGAAAUCAAAGUUUCUAGUUUUCAAAAUGCAACUCCUUUGGAAAAUAUUUCUCCUCCUGCACCACUGGAUACCUCAAAUGAUGAGGUAAAAAAGUUAAGUUCUGAACAAAGAUGGCCUGAUAUUGAUGAGCCUGUAUGUGUUGUUUGUGGAAAAUAUGGUGAGUAUAUAUGUGAUAAAACAGAUGAAGAUAUAUGCAGUCUAGAGUGUAAAUACAAACAUUUAAAUUGUAACACUGUUGAUGAUUUAAUAACUUGCCACGAAUUUAAUGAACUCUCUUUUGACUCAUUUUAUGAGUCUAGAGUCAAGUAUAAAUUACAUCCAGUGGUAGCAUCUAUGGCCUCUGAAAAACUUAAUUUUAUUAGAGAUAAGUUUGAAAUUAAAGUUAAAGGUGUACACAAAGCUCCGAUAUUGUUGGAAUUUCGUGAUUUUAAUUUCCCUGCUCAACUUUUCAAGAAUCUAGAAGAAAAUAACUAUAAAACUCCUACACCAGUCCAAAUGCAAGUUGUUCCACUGUGUAUGCUUGGUCAUGAUGUGUUAGUUUCAGCAGCAACUAGUAGUGGAAAAACAGCAAGUUUUUUACUGCCAAUUAUUUGGGCUGUUCAUGAAUGUGUAGGUUUGCUUCCAAGGUCACACAACUACUGCAGCAAACCAAUAGCUCUUGUUAUAGCUCCUACUAGAGAACUUUGCAUUCAAAUAGAAGAACAAGCAAAAGCACUUUCUAAAUCUAUACCAAAUUUUUCAACAGCAUUGCUUAUUGGUGGUAAUCCUCUUCCGAUUCAAUUGCACAGAUUAAAACACAAGAUUCAGUUAGUGAUUGGCACUCCUGGAAGACUCAAUGAUAUUCUGCAAAAUUAUAAAGAUUAUUUAUGCUUUGAUCAAAUAAAAAUAGUUGCUAUAGACGAGGUAGAUGUUAUGCUACACAUGGGAUUUGAAAAUCAGAUUAAAUCCAUUAUUGAUGCUGUCCCUUGGAAACCACAAAUGAUGAUGUUUUCUGCUACAAUCCCACCGGCUAUUGAAACAUUGGCUCAAAGUAUGAUGGAAAAUCCAGUUAUGGUGUCAGUGGGAAUAUCUGGACUUCCAAAUGCACAUGUUAAACAACUGGUUUUGUGGGUAGAAGAAGCCUCAAAAAGAAAAAAAUUGUUUACUAUUUUAAAUGACUCAAAGUACUUUACCCCACCUAUGCUGAUAUUUGUUGAAUCAAAGAAAGGUGCAGAUUUGCUCUGUGAUGCUUUGACUCAGAAAUUUUCCUUAAAGUGUGAAUCCAUGCAUUCAGAUAAAACACAAUCAGAACGAACUUUGAUAGUAAACAAUUUUUUAACUGGGUCAUUUGACAUUCUUGUAUCCACCAAUAUCUUAGGUCGUGGAAUAGAUCUUCCAAAUGUGAGACAGGUGCUGUUGUUUGAUUUCCCGAAUUCUAUCGAAGAAUAUGUUCACCAAGUAGGGAGAGCUGGACAGUUACAUUCUUAUGGCUUGUCGAUUGCCUUUAUUAAUAAUUCUAAUAAACAUAUUUUCCUUGAUCUAAAAGAACUUUUUGAAACAACAAAAGGCAAUUUACCUUUUGAAAUAUUAAGUUCACCUUAUUUGCAAACUUUAAGAGAAACUAGAUUAAAGUUGUAUAAAGAAGGAAAGUUAAAACGAAAGCAUGGAAUUGAUGAAGACCUUAAUUCACAGAAUUUAUUACAAAUAUUGACCAAGUCUUACAAAAGAUAAUUG